AUGCCAGGAGAAACAGUUACAAUCCAAGCCGGCCAGUGUGGAAACCAAGUAGGACUUCUGUACUGGCAACAACUUGCAUCCGAGCAUGGAAUUACUGCAGAUGGAUCUCUGACACCUUAUCCCCCGGAAUCAUCAAAUGAAUUUAUUGAUUACAGUCAACAGGGUAGUAGAAACACCACUUUAACUGAGUCCGAGCUGCCGCAGAAUGUACGCCAGCUUCAGUACAGAAAUGACAAUCCCGAGCUAUAUUUUACUGUUUCCGAUUCGUACAAGUAUACUCCACGAUCCAUUAUGAUUGACCUUGAGCCCUCGGUUAUUUCAAAAGCUCUUAAUGCGAUGCCAAUGUUUAAUCCAAGAAAUGCACAUCUUAGUGAGAAUGGAGGUGGUGCUGCUAAUAAUUGGUCAAAUGGGUACCGGUAUGGACAUGAACAUGAGGAAGAUAUAUUAAACUUGAUUGAUCGUGAGGUGGACAAGUGUGAUAACUUGGCGCAUUUUCAAUUGAUGCAUAGCGUUGCUGGAGGGACCGGGUCGGGUGUUGGAUCAAAGAUUUUGGAGAUUUUACAAGAUAGGUACAGCAAGAAGAUUAUAACCACAGUUUCGGUGUUUCCCUCUAAUGACAAGACCAGUGAUGUAGUGGUGCAACCUUAUAAUUCUGUGUUGACAUUAAAGAAAUUGAUAGAGUGCAGUCAUGGUACUUUUGUCUUUCACAAUGAUGCAUUGAACAAUAUCGAUAAUUUAUUAUUAAAUCAAAGUAACAUGCGACACAAUCCCUACUACAACCAUCAUCUCAACGAUAAAGAAAUGAGUGGACACGCUUCGUUUCAAGGUGCAAACAAAUUGAUUGCUUCUGUAAUAGCAUCGAUCAGCAAUCCCAUUCGGUUCCCUGGGUACAUGUACAGCUCGAUCCAGUCCAUAAUGUCUUCGGUGAUACCAACAUCCGACUUGAAAUUUCUUACAACGUCUAUUGCGCCAUUUAGUGGUGGACAUUCAAAUCACAAGUAUAUCAAUGAACACGAUAUGUUCUUAGAGUUGUCUGAUGAUCGUUACAAGUCGGUGAUUAGUCCGCAUGGUACCGAUGUUGUAUUUGUUGCCUUGAUGAACUACUUGAUCAGUGGGUCUAGUCUCGAUAGAAAGGAGAUUCGGAAGGGGAUAUUGAAAAUACAGUCAAGGACGAAUUUUCCCGGGUGGGCCACAAGGUCUGUUCCUGUGGUAUACGGAAAGAAAUCGCCGUUUGUUCAAGACCAACUGCUUGAAGGUAUACAAAUUUCAAACAACACCUCGGUGAUUGCAUUGUUUGAGAAAAUCCUUCGACAGUUUGACAUGUUAGCAAAGAGGAAAGCAUAUUUCAACAUGUAUUGUGAAGAUAAUUCUGCUGAGGAAAUGAAUAGAGUAGGUGGGGUAUUUGGUGAAUGUAGAGAAGCCAUAGUUAGUGUGAUUGAUGAGUACAAGGCGUGUAAGAGCGGUAGCUAUUUAGAUGAUGAAGAGGAGGACCAAGAGUUUAGGGACGACGGUGAUGUAGAAAUGAAUUGA